AUGAAAAGAGUGCCAAUAUUUAAAUUAUCAACAUCAACAUUAUUUCAACAAGAUUAUAAAUUAGAGGUAUUGACCAAUGGUAUAGUUUCAACACCAACUAUUGUUAGCAGUAAUUUGGCACCAGGAGGCACACCAACCAAAUCUCCUCAACCACAAACUUUAUCAAAUAAUAAUAAUAAUAAUAAUAUUGAUAUAAAUACCAGCACUACCACUACUACAACAACAAAUAAUAGCAAUGAUACCACUUCAUUUAACCAUCUUUGUACUACAUGUAUAGUUAGCUUUACAGAUAGAGAAUUAAGAAAUGCACAUUAUAAAUCAGGAGUACACAGAUAUAAUUUAAAUUUACGUGUGUCACAUAUGGCACCAGUUUCAGAAGAAGAAUAUAAUACAUUACUUAAUACUAUUAAACAGUGGCACAAACAAGAUGUAUUAAAUAAAAACAAUAGUCCAGAAGAAGCUGAAAACAGUGGCAGCGAAUCAGAGGAUGAUAGUUUUGGAUCAUCGUCAGAUGAUUCAUCUGAUGAAGAGUAUCUUUUAAGAAAGAAUAAUGUUUCAGAAAACCCAGAUCUUUAUGACGAGGAGUACUAUUAUAAAACUCAAGGUUACCAAUUUUAUGACAAUAAUGUCGAAAUGAACGAUCCAAAAGUUAAAAUUAUUCAAAAAGAUUUAAAAUUACAAAUUUCAGUUUGGAGAUGUCUAUUGGGUCCAUCUUCAAUGUUUAAAAACCUAUCACAAGCUCAGGAUCAAUCGAUUCAACAAAAGCAAUUACUCGACCAAAUUAUAAGCAAUUUUAAGAAAUAUGUUUUGUCAAAAGAUUUGAAAUGGGUGGUUUUAUUAUGCUCUGGUGGCAGAUUUGCAGGUGCUGUAUAUAGCGCAGGUAAAUGCAUAGAUCAUAAAACUUUCCAUCGUUAUACCAUGAGAAAGAAGCAAGGUGGUGCUCAAUCAACUAAAGACAAUCAAAGUGGUAACAAGAAAUCUGCUGGUGCUGGUAUGCGUCGUUAUAAUGAAAAGCGUCUCAAGGAGGAGGUAUUUGAAUUAAUGGAAUCAUGGAAACAACAUUUCAAAGAGUGUUCACAUAUUUUCGUUUUUGCACCAAAAGGUAACACUAGAGAUAUUCUUUUCCCACCACAAAGUUUCCUUUCAGUUGAGGACGAAAGAAUCAGAACCAUCCCAUUCCCAAUUAUCAGACCAACCUUUUCUGAAGCUCAAAGAGUAUCAACUUGGAUCAGUUCAGCCGAUAUAGAGUUAUUUGAUGAAGAAAAGUUACAAUUAGAAAAAGAAGAACAAGAAAAAAGACAAAAAGAAAGACAAGAAAGAUUAGAGCAAGAGCAGAAACUAAAAGAAAAAGAAAAGAGAAGAAAAGAGUAUCAAAAUAAAAAUGAAAAGGAAUUAGAUGAACAAAGAGAAUUGGAAGAGAAGUCCAGUUAUGAUAACGAUCGAUUGUUUGUUGCUUGUAGAGAACGUGAUUUGGCCAAAGUUAAAUAUCUUAUCGAGCAAGAUAGUUCUUAUGAAAUUCCUGUGCCCAAUGAAGAAAAGAAAGAGUUAUUAAUUGCACCAGUCUUUAUUGCUAUCGAUAAUUCAGAUAUUAAAAUGGCAUCAUAUCUUUUAGAUCAAUUCCCAUCCGAUAUCAAUUUAUUAAAUCCUCGUUGGGACUAUGUAACCUGUCUUCAUAGAGCUGCAUCAAAAGGAAAUUGCCAAAUGAUCGAGCUCUUAUUGAAUAAGGGUGCCGAUCCAACAGUUGUAGGUGGUUUACAUCCAGAGACACCCUACGAUAGUUCAAGUGACCAAAAAACAAGAGAUACAUUUAGAGAGUGGGCAGGUGACCAUCUCGAUAAAUGGGACUAUACAAGAGCCCAUAUAGUUCCAUUGACCAAACAAAUGAAACAAGAAAAAGAUGAAAAGAAAAAACAAAAAAGAAAGCAACAAAGAGAAAAGGAAAAAACUAAAAAGCAACAUGGAAGAGAAGAAAAAGAAAAACAAACUGAACAGGAUAAAUUAAAAUCAGAAAAAUUAGACGAGAUCAACUUGGUCGAUCAAUUACAAAGAUCAAAAAUUUCAAAAGAAUCCCAAUUAUCAAGUAGAGAACGUAGAGCGCUUGCUGCUGAACAAAGAACAUCUGGUGCAAAUUUAAAAAACUGCGAUUUUUGUAAUUUAUUUAUUUUAGGUAUACCUUUCGAAAGAUUAAAUUAUAAAUAUUGCAGCACAUUAUGUUGUUUAAAUCAUAAAAAAAAAUUAGAAAGUAAUAAAUAA